AUGUUAUACAAUAGUCCUGUUUCUGGUGCCUCAGGUUAUGGUCCUGUUGUUCAAGGUAGGCCUGUUGAAGGAAGACCCGUGAGAAUGCGGCGCCUUCCAUGCUGUGGGCUCGGCAUGGGCUGGCUUCUGUUCAUUGCCGGCUUCUUCUUGGCUGCCAUUCCGUGGUAUAUUGGUGCUUUCAUCCUAAUCUGUGUCCGGGUACAUGACCACAGAGAGAAACCAGGAUAUGUUGCCUGCACUAUUGCUGCUAUAAUUGCGGCCAUUGUUAUACCCCUUGGAGUAACAAAAGGAACAGACUCAUGGUGA